AUGGCUGGCCGUGCGCUGUUGGUGUGCGCCCUCUGCGUGCUGUGCUGCGCCGCCGGCGGGGGCUGGGCGUGGCAUAUGGACUACUGCACUGAGGAGAACUGGGGAUUUUUGAAGUUGCUUAAUUCCAGCAAAAAUUCCACGGAACUUCUGGAUGUGUACUGCAGGCAUAACACAACUUUUCUGGCGGCGAUCAAAAAUAAACUUACCGCAACAGGGGGCAGCGCUGGCACCGGCAAUCCCGGGGGCACGGGGGAAGAAAAGGCAUCGCCAGAGCCCGAGGAAGGCCCACAGACAAAUGAAGAGUUGUCACCUCCGAUU